CUUAUAUUUGAUCUUUCACUUGAAGCACUGAAUCUGUUCAUCUUUUUCUGCACAUGACUCGCUUUGUUGGUGCCAGUGGUGAAGUUGUUCAAUGCGGGAGGUUAACAAGGCACAAGUUGCACAGAAGGGAUUAAAUCCCUUAAGAUCAAAAGAUGCAAAAGUUAUAAACAAGAGAAAGAAAGAUGCUUUCUAUGGCGAGUUACGCAAGGCUCCAUCAGGCAGUUCAACUAUUAAGGCCAACACAUUAGAAGAUGCAGAAGGAGCUCCAUCAUGGGCUCCCUUGCGCGACGACUCUAUGUUAACGAAUCUGAAGAUGAAAGACUGGGACAAGAAGCAGGAUGCUGGUGUAGAAGAUAACAUUAGAAGGAGUUCUGACGACAGUAGUUCAUAUGAGAAUUGAUAUACUACUUUCAAACAAGAUCUAUGCUUCCUUUUUGCUUAUUGCCCCACAAUUUUGUCUCUAUGAAUGCAAAGAACACGAUGUUGGAUUGAUAUGUUAUGUUCUCUGCAAUGUAAUAUGUUAAAUUAGCAAAAUUCUAGACAAAAAACUUUCCCUCAUUCCUGGGUACCAUGUUGGUCUCUUUUCUUCAUUAUAGUUUGAAAACUGAGAAAUUAUGUAGACUAAUCAUCCAGUUCUCAGUAGCUUAAAGUUAACCCGUACAUGCAUCGUAUUUUUUUUUUAUGGACAAUAUCAAAAAAAUUUAUUAAUCACA